AUGGUGAUCCAGAGGCUGGAAAUGUGUAUAGAGCUGCUGAAACUGGCCCUGGAGUUCGUCCUCGUUGUAGCUCAAGCAGUGGAGAUAGCCCUUCAGCACAACAUGUCUCCAUUCACCAGCUAUUCAGCUUAUAGCAGUGUUCCAGUUCAUUUUGUUGGUUUUCUUCCUUAA